AUGGCUGCGGGGCUCGCCCGGACGGCCGCCCGCCUGCUGCUGGCCCUGCUCUGCUGCUCGGCCUGGCGGAGCAGCCGGGCGCUCAACACCAAGGGCGCCCUGCCGCUCGACACCCUCACCUUCCACAAGGUGAUCCCGAAGCAUAAGUUUGUCCUGGUGAAAUUUGACACCCAGUACCCUUAUGGAGAACAGCAAGAUGAGUUCAAGAAAGUGGCUGAAAGCUCAAGGACCAGUGAGGACCUGUUGGUGGCGGAGGUGGGAAUCUCAGAUUACGGCGACAAGCUGAACAUGGAACUGGGAGAGAAAUACAAGCUGGAUAAAGAUGCCUACCCCGUAUAUUACUUGUUCCAAAACGGGGACUUGGAGAACCCGCUGCGGUACGAUGGCCAAGUCAAAGCCCGUGACCUCCAACGCUGGCUGAAGGGCAAAGGUAUCUACAUGGGCAUGCCAGGAUGCCUGAAGGAAUUUGACACCUUGGUGAGCAAGUUCAUGAGCACUGCGCAAGAAUCGGGGCGCAAGGCUCUCUUGGAGGAGGGCCAGAAGCUUCUGGCGGCCGCCCAGGAACCCGACCGGAAGUCAGCUGACCAGUACGUCAAGAUCAUGACCAAAAUCCUCUCCCAGGGUGAUGCCUUUGCUGCCAGCGAGCUUUCCCGGAUCACUAAGAUAACUGAGGAGACCAAGAUGAGCGACGGGAAGAAAGAGGACCUCCAGAGGCGCCUGAAUAUCCUUGCGUCCUUCCAAACGAAGAAGGAUGAGAAAGAAGAGCUUUGACAGGCCGACACGAAAGCGACGAGG